GUCGACGCUCCCGUCUCAGAGCACCAAUUGAUUCUUCAGAUGCUACGCGGCCUCCCCGAUGAUCUCCAGGCUCAGACCUCGUUCCUCCAAUUUCAGGAUCCCAUGCCGAGCUUUCUUCAGGUCCGGUCGGCCCUCCUCCUUCUUGACCGGCAACGGACCCCCCUUGGGCAGCACCAGCACCACGGCGCUGCUGGUAGGGCAUGGCGGCAGCGGCUACACCAGCGGACAGCACAACGGCAAUGGCGGGCGCGGAUCCGGCAGCAACUUCGGCAGUGGGGGGCACCUUUUUGGCAGCAAUUAUGGUGAUGGUUCCUACUCCGGGCAGCGUGGUGGCUUUGGACGCGGACAAGGGCGUGGCAACGGCAACCGGGGCCGUGGUCGCGGGCGCUCAAACGGCGGAUCGAGACAGCGACCACAACCGGACGGGCACAAUACCUGGAACUCACCGUACCCAAACCCUAGCCCCGGGCAACGAGAGGAGUGGGGUUAGGCCGUACAAGAAAUCUGCAGUCCCGCGGUUGCAGUGGACGCCGGAGCUCCACGACCACUUCGUCGACGCCGUCGAGCAUCUCGGCGGCCGCUACAAAGCAACUCCCAAGAGAAUAGUGCAGGUGAUGGGAGUAAAAGGAUUAAAGAUUUCUCAUGUCAAAAGCCAUCUCCAGAUGUACAGAAACAUGAAGGAGAGAAGCACUUUCGAUGUUUUCAUGGGAGCACCAAGCUGCAAUAAUAAGCUCCCAGGAGAGAGACCCCAUUUCACAGCUUGGAAUAAUAAUCCACAUGGAGGCAAAUGUCUGAUAAAUUCAGAUAAGAGCUCUUAACCAUUCAUACUCUGUAUAAUACUUAACCAUUCAGAAGCAAAUCUCUUAACCAUUCAGACAUCUGAACCAUUAAGAGGCUGAAACAAACAGUCUGAACCAUUAAGUGCUGAACCAUUCAGACAUCUGAACCAUUAAGAGGCUGAAACAAACAGCCUCUAAAUGU